AUGGCACCUACAGCAACACCUAGCUUUAACAUUAAAUUUCCAUCGCGUAAAGAAAGAGCAGUCAAACGAGUUACUAAAUGUGAAACACGGGAAAUUCAAAAACGUCUUGAACCACCAAAGCCUGUUCGCGUUCGUCCUCCUCCAAAGCCAAAGACACCGAAACUUGUCAAACCGCCAGCUACACUUUCGAAGCCAACAAGUACUGCUCGUGAUGCUCGGCCUCGUUCUAAUCUAUUUUCUAAAAUAUCGAAUUCAUGUAAAACGCCAGUCGUGUCUACAUCACGUACUUUACAAGCAGCUGAUUUAGAAAAACUAGCUCGUAUCAAUUGUUCACGUGAAUUUAGUCUUUUUCAUCAAUGUAUUAAGCCUGACUUGCCGAAAGCAUUCGAAAAUGAAUUAGCAUUUUUACAAACGAAAUUACAACUUUUAAAAAAUGAAUUUGAGAAUAGACAAUCUGAACAUUUAAAUUUUCAACAAAUCAAAGAUUAUUAUAAUGAAGCUCUUAAAGAUCAUAAACGCCGUCAAGUUAAACCAGAUGAAUUUGCAACAAUAGCUGAAAAGUUCCGACUAGAUAUUAAACAAGCUAUUGAUAAAUGGCUUCGAAGAAAAGACUUUAAACCACCAAAACAAGUAACAUUCAUUUUACAAAAACGUCAAGAGAAUGUUCGAGAGCAAAUUAAAAAUACAAUGGCGGAACAAAAACGACAACAACAAGUAAUUAAACAUGGUGAAAAUAAAACUGAAAGUAAAGUUACAAUAGAAUCGGCAAUGACAACUCAUAAUUCGACAACAGUAUCAAUUGAUGACGAUGAUGAUAUUAUGAUAAUUGAUUAG